CUGGUCUGUGUCCCACACUCCUAUCCUUCUCGCCUUCGACUGCCCAGAGCGCCCAGCGCCCGCGACGCUUCUAGAACACGCGACGCGGGCGAGCGCGCUGGCGGGUGGGCGAGGCAAAACUAAGGAGGCGGGAGGGGCGGCGAUGCGGGGCAGGUGACGCUGCGGCGCGGCGUGGGGGAUGGUGGCGGCGGAGGGUGGGCCCGGCGGGGCCGUCGAGGAGGGCGUCGGGGAGAGCUCGUCCCCGCCGCGCGAGGACGCCGUCCCAGCGCCCGCCGGCUCCGGCGGGAGCGGGGGCAGCGGAGGCGCCCGCGAAAUCUGUGCCCAGGUGCUCGACCGCCUCGUCGCCGACGGCUACGCGGAGGCGUCCGACCCCGAGUUCCGCGACAGGCUCGCCGCCCAUUUCGGCCGGCUCCCGCACAGCUAUCAGCUGGAUAUCAAUGUUGACAAAGCAUCCGAUGUCUUGGUCCACCAGAACGUCUUAGCGGAAGCAAAGGAUCCUGAUAGGCGCCCUGCAUUCUAUGUCCGUUUCUUGAGGAUUGAAGAUAUGGAUUCAGCAUACGACUCCGAUGCAUCUGAAGAAGGGGAUGAUGAUGGUGAUGAUCUCUCUGUAAGGCAGGGCACACCAUAUACUCACAUUCAUGAGAUAGUUUUCUCCACAAUCGAUAAGCCAAAGCUCCUUAGUCAGCUAUCUGCAUUGCUAUCUGACAUUGGAUUGAACAUCAGAGAAGCACAUGUUUUCUCUACCCAUGAUGGCUAUUCUCUUGAUGUUUUUGUUGUUGAUGGCUGGCCUGUUCAGGAUGCUGAUGGUUUGCACAAAGCACUGGAAGCAUCCAUUCUAAGAAAUGAGGGUUCAUGGUCUGGUUCAUCUCAUUCCUCAGCCGCUGAAAGAACACUGCCCUUCCAAGUUAAAGGUGGUGAGUGGGAAAUCGACAAACGACUUCUGAAGAUGGGAGGGAUGGUUGCUUCUGGUUCUUGUGGGGACUUGUAUCACGGGACUUACCUUGGUGAGGAUGUAGCUGUUAAAGUUAUAAGAGCUGAGCAUUUGAAUAAGAAUGUUUGGAACGAGUUUACGCAAGAAGUAUAUAUACUAAGAGAAGUUCAACAUAAAAAUGUUGUGCGAUUCAUUGGUGCAUGCACAAAACCACCCCAAUUUUGCAUAAUUACAGAAUACAUGUCUGGAGGAAGCCUAUAUGACUUUGUGCACAAGCAGCAUAAUGUUCUAAACCUCAGGACUUUAUUAAAGUUUGCAGUUGAUGUAUGCCGAGGGAUGUGCUACUUGCAUGAAAGGGGUAUCAUCCAUAGAGACUUGAAGACUGCAAACCUUCUAAUGGACAAAGAUCAUGUUGUGAAAGUGGCUGAUUUUGGUGUAGCUCGGUUCCAGGAUCAAGGAGGUGUCAUGACAGCUGAAACUGGAACAUACAGAUGGAUGGCACCUGAGGUUAUAAACCAUCAACCCUAUGAUAACAAAGCAGAUGUUUUCAGCUUUGCUAUUGUCAUCUGGGAGCUGAUAACGUCUAAGAUCCCGUAUGAAAGCAUGACCCCUCUCCAAGCGGCUGUAGGUGUGAGACAGGGAUUGCGCCCAGGACUUCCAAAGAAGACGCAUCCAAAGGUAUUGGACUUGAUGCAGAGAUGCUGGGAAGCAGACCCAUCUGCCCGGCCUGCUUUCCCAGACAUUUUAGCCGAACUGGAGGAUCUUUUGGCACAGGUUCAGGGAACACCGGGAAAGACGGCCCAUGCUCCAUCAAAUAACUCGAACACGAAAGAUUAACCCCCAUGCACACAUACCUGACGUUUUUCUGAAUUCAGUGAUCUGCCAUGUUUAGGAUUCGAGUCGCUAAUUACGAGGAAUGUAGCAUAUCGAUUUUUUUCCCUGGAUGGUUUUGCUUGUGUACAUUUGAACAAUCUUCUUGGGGCCUAUUUUUUAUGGUCACCUCAUUGUUCUUACAUAGGGGAAAUUGGCUCGAGCGUUUGGGAGGAUUACGUAUUAUGACAACGGCUGAUAAUUUACCGCCUACAACAUGGGUGGAUAUUUUUCAUGCAU